AUGGAUCUGCAUCGUCAUGACAAUGAUAAAGCCAUCUUUUGUGGAGCAUCACAGUUAAAGCUUAUUCAUUCACAGAGACUAACCGAAAUGUACAGUCUCUUAUUCUUAACAAACUAUUGGUGUAUAAGGAAAAACAAAACAUAUUAGGAGCUAACGUUGACCCUGAUGUUUUAACGGUCGCUGUUCCGUAUCCACUACACUCCUGGGUAUCUCAGCUCCGCAGCCGCUAUGGACGGCCCUCUGCUCCCGCUGAUCAUCGUCCUGCUGUCCGCAUGCUCGGCUGUCGGAGACCCGGCCGGAUCCGAUCAUGUGGACGGAGCGCCGCCUUCUAAAAUAGCGGUGGUCGGGGCGGGGAUAGGUGGCAGUGCCACAGCACAUUUUCUGCGGCAGCACUUUGGCCCUGAGGUCCAGGUGGACGUGUUCGAGAAGGGAGAGGUUGGAGGUCGUCUCGCCACUGUAACCGUCAAUAACAACGACUAUGAGUCUGGAGGAUCCAUCAUUCACUCCCUCAACCUCCAUAUGCAGGAAUUUGUCAAACAGCUAGGUUUAAAGUAUCGCCGCAGUGUGGCGGGAAAGACGGCGGUAUUUAACGGCGAGGAGAUGAUCCUGGAGGAGACAGAUUGGUACCUGCUGGACCUGUUCCGGCUGUGGUGGCGCUAUGGCAUCAGUUUCAUACGCCUUCAGAUGUGGGUGGAGGAAAUAAUGGAGAAAUUUAUGAGGAUCUACAAGUACCAGGCCCACGGGUACGCCUUCAGCUCGGUGGAGGAACUACUGGACUCCCUCGGGGGGAGUGGCUUUAUCAACAUGACCCGGAGACCGCUCUCUGAUUCUCUGCUGGAGCUGGGUGUGUCGCAGCGCUUCAUCGACGAGGUCAUCGAGCCCGUCAUGAGGGUCAACUACGGACAGAACGUCAGCAUUCCCGCCUUUGUAGGCGCUGUGUCUCUAGCUGGUGCCCAGAACAACCUGUGGGCGGUGGAAGGAGGCAACAAGCUGGUGUGUUCUGGCCUGCUUAAGUUGGCCAACGCUAACCUGCUGCAAGCACAAGUCAACUCCAUCUUACCCCUCUACUCAGGAGAGGCUCCUCAGUACCAGCUGAGCUUCACCACAGCAUCAGAGACGAGGUCAGAGCUGUACGACAUCGUGGUGUUGGCGACACCGCUGCAGGCCAGCGUCAGAUCCGGAGUCCAGUUCCAGGGUUUCACCCCUCCCUUUGACGAGCUCCCCGGCAACUACCACAGCACUGUAGCAACCAUCGUCCAUGGUUACCUAAACACUUCUUUCUUUGGUUUCCCGGACCCUCGCCUCUUCCCCUUCGCCAGCGUCUUGACAACUGAGACGCUGGAUGUUUUUUUCAACAGCGUUGGAAGUGUUUGUCCCGUCAACAUCUCGACAGGCUUCAGGCGUAAACAGCCACAGGAGGCCGGAGUCUAUAAAGUGUUUUCGCCACAACCUCUGGACAAGGCUCAGCUGAAAACCUUGUUCAGGUCGUACUACUCUGUGCAGGUGACCGAGUGGCAGGCCUACCCUUGUUAUGGCAGCAGCCAGGGACUCCCAGCUGUGGAGCUCCAUCCAAAUCUCUACUACCUCAAUGGCAUUGAGUUGGCCGGCAGCGCCAUGGAGAUGAGCUCAGUUGCAGCCAAGAACAUCGCCCUGCUGGCAUACCACCGCUGGAACAGACAGACGGACAUGGUGGACCAGAAAGACCUGAUGCACAGGAUCAAGACUGAACUAUGACCGGGUAAACUGGAAGCAUUGUAGCAUCACAAAGCUGAUGUGCCCAGAAAAUGUCUGUAUUAAGGUACAACAUUUUACAUUUUGAAUUGUGAUACGUCUCCAGUAGCAAAAUGGAUUUAGAGACACUUCCAAGUUAUUUAUUACUGAACACAUCUAGUACACUGAAUAUACUGUAUGAUAUAAGUUGAUCAUAAUGCUGCACUGCCUUAUCUUAAAUAAACGUAACCAUGCAACAAAGAAGCUAGUAAAAUAAAAUCAAUGUGCGCAUGUGCGAUAUUCACACUGCAGGAUGUGCAAUGUCAACUAAAGCAAAUGAACUCCAACAUGUCAUGCUAACAUUUGUUUUCAGUUUAAAAUCAAAGGAAAACAUUGACUGGAGAAGUCUGUCUGAUAUAACAUCAUUUACUCUGAUAAUAUUGAGCGACAUGACCUGACUACAACCUGAAAUAAUUGAUGUCAAAGGCAAUGCAACUUUGGUAGUAUGGAAAUAAUCUGGCUUCAAAAAGGAUGAUUUUGAACAAAAACGGGUACUUUGUUGUCAUCUGGUUAAAAAAUCCUCUAUUUUCUCUUUAUGAUAUUGCAGAAAAGGCAUCAUUUUUUUCUCCAAUCGUGUACAGCCCGUUAUAAAGGUCAAAUCAGGUCUAGUAUUCUAAUCACAUCACAACUAUUUUGCUGAUUGCGUCAUCCUCUUUGCCAAAGAGACUUUGCAGACAUUUUUCCGUAUUGGUGGAGGAUUGAUUGCUUAUUGGCAGUCACUUCCUAAAAUUCUACUGCAGGAUGCUUUUCUUUGCCAAGUCAUAUAGAAACAAAGCAAACGUUGAAAACACCAGCUAAUAUUUACCUCUGUGGGACUGUUGGGAAGGUUAUUUCACUGUCUUGUGGCACAAAAACCAGCCCUAUGACUGCAUACAUUGAAGGACUGUUUGUGAUCUAGUCAUGUCAGUAUGAUGUUGGUAAAUUAUUAAAAUUAUGAUUUGGUGACUCAUGGUAGUGGCCACUAUGCUCUAUUGUGUCUUUCAUCAGACGAUUUCAUUAUCUCCACUUCCUGCUGCUUUUGUUGCGUAAUCCAGCGGAAAUAUUUUUUUCGGGAACAGAGCCAACAAGCUUUCGCACUGGACCAGAUGAAAGCACAGGACGGAUCUGUGGACCUUCUGGCUGAUGACAUUUUUAAGAAACCAUUCUCUCUUUCCCUAAAGCUUUAUUGAGAUUCUGCAUUUAUAAUAAAUGCUGUUAUCUUUGAAAAACUGAUGAGUCAUGAAGUUGGACAUUUGCUUUUGGAAAUGCUGAAAAAGAUUGGUGUGGUGAUGAGAGAACGCUGACUGUUGAUUUUGGACAGUAGUAGAUUUCUGGACUCAAUUCAACUCUGGUCAACUGAACAUCUUGUGACUGCAAAGGGCUGCAGUUGAAAGAAAAUGUGAUUGUGUCCUGUGAUUAGAAAAACAACACAACCUUUUAACCUGGAGGAAUUCAAAAUGCCAGAGAAAUGUUGGUGGAGCUGAACGGAGGAUUGUUUCAUCUUUUUCAAAAUGACUUGUCUUUAUAAGUAUCAGCUUCUGUUCAUAGAAGAGUCAGAAAUGUCUGGUAGAAGUACCUUUUUAUGAUAUGCUGUAAAAAUAAACAGGCUGCGCGUAUAAUGAAACCAUCUUUUGGAUUGACAAAACAAUUUUAAUCAGAGGUCAACUCAUUAUAUUUCAAGUUUCAAGGUUUUAUUGGUCAUAUGCACAGCACAUACAACGUAUAUGUUGGCAAUGAAGAUCUUAUGUCAUAUAUAUCAACAGCAUCUUCAGGAACUUACAAACUAAGUGGUCUCUAAGUGGUGUUUCUGGAGGUUGUGAUGAUAGAAAUUUAAGAAACCUUGGUUUGAGAUUAUUUUGUCAAAAAACACAAACGACUGUUCACAUUUAAAUCCUGCUUCUCUUUGAGCGUAGCUUUCUGCUCAAUGCUGCACAUAUCAACACAUUUCAUCUCCCUGAUAAACAAAAUCAUGCAGUUGUGAUAAUGAAUAAUGUGCACUCUUCUGACUGUUGAUACAAUUAAAGUAUUGGACCUUAAA